UUUCCGAUCGUACAGGAAGGCAGCACAAUAACCGACGGCAGUAACUGUUACGGCUUGAGACUUUAGGUUUAGCUCACAAGUAAGAAGCAGUACCGGUGUCGUUCAAAGAAUUUUCAUUUCACAAUGUCAGCCCUCGGUCCAGAAGGCUCUGGCGCAGCGUCAAGCAACAAGCGCUUGCAGCAGACCCAAGCCCAGGUGGAUGAGGUGGUGGAUAUUAUGCGUGUUAAUGUGGACAAAGUGCUGGAACGUGACCAAAAGCUGUCUGAACUGGAUGACAGAGCAGACGCACUACAAGCUGGAGCUUCCCAAUUUGAGACCAGUGCCGCUAAACUGAAAAGGAAGUACUGGUGGAAGAACUGCAAGAUGUGGGCCAUCUUGAUAGCUGUCAUACUGAUCAUCAUCAUCAUCAUUAUUAUUUGGGCUCGAUCGUAAAAUCGGCAACAAGUGAAGGAGGAGUGGAGGAAACCAUGAGAAAGAGGAGAGGAGCAACGUGCAUAAUUAAUAUCUCAGAGGAAGAGGUCACAUGGUUACUGGCUACUGAGCUCCAAAACAUUUUUCCCCUCCCUGGGGGGGGGGGGUCUUCAUUCCUUGUCCUGGAUUGCCCUUUGUGUGAGUUUGUGUGUGCAUGUGUAUUUGCACAUGUGCCUGAGUAAAGGAUUGUCAUAAUACCGGAGUUUUACUCUGCAUUACUACACUAUACCAGUGAUCAGUAAACUUUUAUUAGAGUGCCAUGCCACAUGCCAAAGAAAACAGAAACAUACAGAAGCAGGCUGAUAAUUGAACUCAAACAACUAAAACCUGCUAAAAAAAGUAUUCAUGAAUAACCGUUGACUGUAUGACAAAGCGCGCACACACAUAUUCCAUCCUCAGGACGGGAAUUGAAGGAUAUUGUUGUAAACUCUCCUCAAUUUAUAUGUACUUUUUUAUGUUUUACUGUAACCAUUGACAAUAGCCAUUGAUUUUGUGUGCCAGGCUAAGAUCAGUGCCUUUGACAAUAUGCUGUUCUGUGUUAGUUUAGAUUGUAUCAGUAAUCCUGCAUAUCAUUUCUACUUUUUAGAGUGUAAUGCCAAUAUAUAGAUUUUUUUCUCCUAAUUUUUAAAAAAAAUUUUGGUUUGUUGCUUUGCAAAAUAUAUUUACAAUUUCUGAUGAAUAGUGGGAUUCAAUGCUUUAUUUUAUUUAUGCACAUGGUUGAGUGCUAAUUGAAUUCUUUGUAUAACGCCUUAAAUUUAGGAUUGAAUAAAGAGGAAUUUCUUCAGUUACCCAAUGACAAAAAGCUAACCAGUAACACACUGUUGAACCAUCUGAUACUACCUUGUCCUUGUCCAUCCACCAUUGCAGUAGGAAUAAGUAUACACUAUAAGCUAAUAUGAGCUUGCAUUUAGAUAAGUGCCUAUAUGCACCAACAACCUCACAGCCUGAAAAAAAGGAACAAAAGUGCUACACUGGGCCUAAAAAGUGGGGGAUUGUCUCAAUCAGGUGCUCUGAAGGAUGUGCCAGAAAGUUUUCCUUUGUGAAAUAUUGAAACACAACAAAGUAAGAACAUGUAGUCUUAGACAGAUGCCUUAAUUGGUUUCUCCAAUGGAGAACAGCCAACAAUACAGCCAUACCUUAGUGACCGUAUUUACCAGCCAGAGUAAUACCUUCUGAAUGCGCCGACUGUCCUAACUAAUACUGUGCUGCUUGCAUCAAUCAGCAGAGCUUAUUAACCCUUAAUAUGUCUUCUGUUGAGUCACACUGGCAUUUCUAGUUUUAUUAUCCUUCUAACGAUAGAUUUUUUUUUUUCUUCUUUUCGGGUGCAGUCUGUUAUAUGUAGACCCAAUCUUGAUGCUCA